UGCAAGCAGUUGACCUACCAAGAGGACCUCCCUCAGAUCUCAGUGGUGUUCAUCUUUGUGAACGAGGCCUUGUCGGUCAUCUUGCGGUCCGUCCACAGCGUGGUCAACCACACCCCUGCACACCUUCUCAAGGAGAUCAUCCUGGUGGACGACAACAGUGACAGUGGUAAGACUUCUAGUCUAGAUGCUUCUUUAGUAUAACCAUCUAACUGUUCAUUCCUUGUGGCUGUACUCAAUCAAUCAAUCAAUCAAUAGAAUUUAUAAAGUCAUUUUUACAUCGCAUUUGUCACAGUGCUGCUACUGUCUCCCGACCUAGAUCCUAAAGAGCAAGCAAAACCAGAAGCUUCUACUAGAUUGUUUCCAACAUCUCAUUAGAAGAACCACAAUCCUUGUGUUACUGCAUUUUGUUAUGGCGCAUUGCUCCACAAACAUUACUUCUCCAUUUCAUUUUUGUCUCUUUAAAAGUGGAGGGUGGUGUCACAAACAAAGAAUUGCAUCUGUUUGUGUGUGGGAAAAGUGCCAGAGGUGUCAAUUCCCUUAUAAAACAAAUAAACAGUCUUGAUCUAAUUAGUCAAGUUUCUUAACAAGAAAGAAAUGUCUAACUUAAGUGGGAUUCUCUCUCUCUCUGUCUGCAUGUCUAUCUAUCUGUGUGUGUAUGUGUGUUCACCCUCAGGGUUGUGCUCUUGAACACUGUUAGUGAAUUUAAAAAUAACCAGAAAAAAUCUCCACUGUGAUUUGGGCUGCAUGAGGUUUUGGUUGCUUCCACACACCUGCACGCCCAAUGGCAGGCGGCCCCGCACAGCCCCGACUCCCAGAAGCCUGCCUGUUUCAGAGGACAGGGACAGUGAACUAGAUUUCAACUGACACUUGGCCCUCCAUCACUUGGCAUGGAUCUGGGCGUAGUCCCAGCAUCCCUCAGGCUGGCGCAGAGAGGAGGUGCAUAAAUAACAUCCUGAAAGAGGACCAAGUAAGAGUCAACAUUGGCACAUGCCCACUGUCCCCGUAGAGGCAAUAGGCAACCAUUUAAACCAAACGAGGUAGGCACAAAUGGCAGCCGCUGCGGCAAAAUACCAACCCACCUACUCCCCCCUAUCUGUCUACCCCAUUGUUUAAUGGUUGUGAUUGGUGAUGGUAAUGUGUGCAGAUGUAGAAGCUGUUCUCUCCAGUGACAUUAGACUAUUAACAUGCAGGCUUGGCUACUUGAAGCACAGCUCAGAGGCAAAAUGAGUCACACACAAGGAACAUGCUUUUCUUGUCUCUCUGACACAUCCUUUAGCUGGGACAUGUAUUGGUUGCUGAGAGGUUUCUUUUCAGGGUUACUCCUUAGCCAUAGCUGGGCGGGCGGGGGAGCUAAAUUCAUGUUCUACUUGAUGAGGAUUUUAUCUAGGUGUGUAUACCAUACAGUAGCAGUCCCAAACAUUCAUUCAUUGUUCCAGCUCACAUAUUAUCAGAUGUAAACGGUUUAAUGAGCCUGUUGGAAUCCAAAUCUAAAGAAAAGAAAGGGGGUUACCUAGUCAGUUGCAUAACUGAAUGCAUUCAACCGAAAUGUGUCUUCCGCAUUUAACCCAACCCCUCUGAAUCAGAGAGGUGCGGAGGGCUGCCUUAAUCCACAUCAUCGGUGCCUGGGGAGCAGUUAAUGUUGGUGGUUAACUGCCUUGCUCAAGUGCAGAACAGCAGAUGUUUCCACCUUGCCAGCUCGGGGAUUCAAACCAGCAACCUUUCAGUUACUGGCCCAACAUUCUUAACCGCUACGCUACCUGGCUAACACUAGGCUGUCUACCAAAUACUGCAAGUAAAUGGAUAACUAAAUGGUACAUAUAAUUAAAAUAUAAUCUGUUGAUCUGAAGUGACAGCUCAUAACAUGACAAGAGAGGCUGAAUCCAAAUACAAGUGUAUUGCAGUUGAUCAUCAAGAGUCAUUAAAUAAAAAUAUGACCUCUCUCUCUCUCUGUGGGAAAUUAUGUUAUGUAAUAUAUGACUGCCAAUCAGCCUUAAUCAACAUGGCUACACACAGGCCGCCAAUCUCUGUUGACCACACAAGGAGCAUUAGGCAGUAGACACAGUCUAGACGUCAUACAUCAAACUAAACCACUUGAUAUAUGCAGAUGAAAAAUGUGUAAGCCCUUAGACUGAUCAAAUCAAACCAAUGCAUUUUCUCACUACCUUACCUCAUCUAUCAGAGACAGCAGUAGGCCUCCCGCAAUCUUACAAUUUCCACCGUGAAAUCCUAUGGCUACAUGUACGGUGCAAUAUCUGUUCAUUUCAUAUUUCAAAUUAAUAUUCAUAUUAAUUUCAAAUUCAUAUUUUUAUUUUCUGUUUUGCACUGUCAAUCCCUUAAAACCUACUAUUCCUUGGUCCAAAAUUAUCCAGUGCUGCCGAUGCAUUCCAACUUUCUAUUUGUUUGCUGAGCACCAGAGGGGAUCCUUUAACAUUUCUCCCCCCCCAGGAGAACAGCCAUGCAAUUAUUGCACUCUGUUGGGUUUCAUCAUUUUUUAGCUGCAUCUGUGUGGCCACGGUUUGCACAUAGGUCACAAACCAUUCUAGUAAACAUAAACAUAAAUGCCUCCACACACUCACAUAAGCCAACAGGCAGGCACAGAGACACAGAGACAUGCACCAUACUCUCACAGUUAGUGCUAUGCUAUCUGGAAUCCUUGGGAUGUCCCUACCCUAAACCCUAACCCUAACCUUAACCCCUACCAUUACCCUAACCAUAACCCUUACCUAACCCUAACCCUAACACUAUUCUUAACCUUUACCUUAACCCUUUUAAAUGUCAACUUCAAUGGGGUGACAUCAGAGUUGGGACAUCCCAAGGAUCCCAAAUAGACAACAUGACCUGACCCGUAAAAACUCCCAGAGAGAGCCUGGAGUUAAACUAGGGUGUAGACGUCAGGUCAAUGCGGCCUAUCACUAUGGCCCAGAGUUUUUCCUGGUCAGAUCCCAUUGGUUGUCUGAAGUGUCGUAUUGUAGUUAAAGGUUGCUUAAUGUUUAAUGCCUCAAAACUUCUAGGCAUACCAGCUUUACUCAGUCUGACAAGAAUAACUGAAAACACUUUCAAUGACAGCACCUCCUCUAUCCGACUGAGACAUACAGAUUAGCCCUGGUGUUCUUUCAGAGGUUGAUUUAUGUGCUGAGCAGGCGUCAGCUCCAGGCGUCAGCUCCAGGCGUCAGCUCCAGGCGUCAGCUCCAGGCGUCAGCUCCAGGCGUCAGCUCCAGGCGUCAGCUCCGUUAUGAAGCUGUGCACGUCAAUUGCCCUUAUUAUUCUUUCUCUCCUUCCCAUAGAAAGUUGAGCACUCAGCAACCUGAGGGGAGAACCUCAAACACUCGACAAUCCUCCACAAACAUUACAUGGGCUCAGUCAGUCAGUCAGUCUGCCAUUUGUGGAACUGCUUGUUUACCUCACAGACUUUAUUUCCAGGGAUGACAGUGACACAGAAAGAAAGCUAGGCUCAUCCCUCGCAGUAGGGGAAGAGGGAGAGAACAUUUUUACAGUACAGAAAGAAUAAGGUAAUCUGUGUUGUGCUGGGUCGAUCUACUUUUACUUAUUCUAUGUAACUCAUGAUGCUGAGCUCUGUUGUGUGUUGUUCUUCGGGCAAUUCAUAACCCCAUUCUUUUCAGAAUAACAAAUGUUUUGUUGUAUACCAGAUUCGAACAACACUUUCUGCAAGCUAUUUAUUCAUUUGCAGUGAAUCAAAUCAAAUCAAAUCAAAUGUUAUUGGCCACAUGCGCUGAAUACAACAGGUGUAGACAUUACAGUGAAAUGCUUACUUACAGCCCUUAACCAACAAUGCAUUUAGUUUUUACAAAAAAGUGCAGAAGUAAAAUAAAAUAACAGUAGGAAGGCUAUAUAUACAGGGGGGUACCGGUGCAGAGUCAAUGUGCGGGGGCACCGGCUAGUUGUCAGUGUUUCUGUUAUCCAAAAUAACUGAUUCUCUUUCUCUUGUCUUUCCAGUGGAGCUGAAGUUCAAUCUGGACCAGUAUGUGAACAAGCGUUACCCAGGCCUGGUGAAGAUUGUCCGCAACAGUAAGAGGGAGGGCCUGAUCCGAGCCAGGAUACACGGCUGGAAUGCUGCAACCGCCCCAGUCGUAGGCUUCUUUGAUGCCCAUGUAGAGUUCAACACUGCCUGGUAA